AUGGGUGUCGCUUUGGCGACGCAUUGCUGUGCAAGCGAUGAGGAGGAAAAGCCAGAGGCCUUGAAGAGUCUGAAGAAGGAUGUGGCUUUCGUCAGCGUAAGCUUGGACAAGCAGCCUUUGACCGAGUCCCUUCAGGGCAACUGGUACCGGCAAUGUGACUCCAAGCAUGUAGGUGAGAUAUCUGGCUCGCGCUUGUUCUGGAACCCGCAGUGGGGCUUGAACGAUGUGUCUUCACCAUUGUCUGAAGGUUCUUCCGGACUAUUGGUAGUGCAGAUGGAAGAUGAGACCCGCUACGCGACAGUCACGACGAAACCGCAGACGUCCAUCAUGUGGGCGGAUGGUGAUGUUUGGAUACGCACGUAG